GAAGGCGAGAGUGGGAGGGAGUUCAGGAGGGAGGCAAUAAGGAUACACUGUAAAGAGACGGAGGGGGAAAGAGAGAAAGAGCUUGUUUAUGGAGGAAUGUGACUGUGUUCAGAGUAUGGGAGAUGGGACGGACUGAUUGCACCACACCAGGUCUUGAUGAGGGGAGAGAGUUGGACCUAGAAAGAUCAGCAACAAUGGCAGACGUCUCCUGCUCUCCACACCAGCAGUGACAACUAUCCAGUGGUUUGUCCACUGUGAACACACAGCUUUGAGAAACAGAGCAGCAGCAGCAGCAGCAGCAGUGACUGUGGGGGCCAGGCAGACUAUGAUGGAGAUGGAGCCAUUGACAGUAUCUUUCUGGGGUCAUGAGCUGGUUCUUCCCUUCACUUCUGUGUAACUUGACCUCCUGGACUUCAGCCACACCCUCCCCUCACCUAUGCCUGCAGGACCAUGGGCAGCGUCAGCAGCCUCGUCAACAGCAACAGCCUUAACAGUAAACACUGCAAGGCAUCUGAACAUAGGUUAAAAAAGGCAAUAAGUCCUCAUAGAAAGAGUGGAGGUUGCAGCCUUGACGAGCUACUGAAGUGCGGCUUCACUCAGGGCUCCUCGUCCACCACUCAGCCCCCUAAAGGCCUGUCGCACUCCCGGUCAGGUCGAAGUGAAGAUUUCUUUUACAUCAAAGUGAGCCAUAAACCGAGCUCAGUACACCAUAGAGGGGCAUCAAUGGAAGAUAAUGCAGGUGGAAAGAACAGAGAUGGGGAAUCAGAUGGGCGACUGCAACCCAAACUGCUGCUCAUGCCAGGAAAAAUGACUGACAGGACCUCUGCUGAGAAGUCAUUGGUGCGUUCCACUGCCUUCAAGCCUGUGAUUCCCAGGAGUACAUCCUCCACAGAGACAGGCCACAACGGCCUUGACAUCCUUUGUCCUCUGGAGAAAGCAAGGAGCCCCGAUAACAGACACAAGCAAGACACCUUCUCAGGGACUCUCUCCGACUCUGGACGUAACUCUAUGUCUAGCCUGCCCACCCACAGCACCAGCGGCAGUCUUAGUGCUUCCACGGGCCCUGUCAGUCACAGUGAAGGCAGCUCAGCUCCUGCAAACAGCCUCAGCAAGGGAGUACAACCCAAUUUCCCUCCAUGGGUCAACGGUAAUAGCACUAACCUUGACUGUAGCUACAGGGCUGGUUUAAACUGCGGAGUGUUGGCAUCAAAGGCUAAUGGGGAUGCUGGCUCCCCGCUUUCUGCAGAUGAGCCAAGAGCUCUCUGUGAAACUGCAGGUGGGAUUCGCUCCCCCAUUACCACAGAUGAGUCACUGAUUGAACGUUUGGAACAAAGGCUGCUGGAGAGAGAGACUGAACUGCAGGAGCUACAGGUGGGUUUCGAAGACAAGGAAGCAGACACGUGCCAGCUGUUUGAGGAAAGACAAAGGUACUGUGCUGAGGAGAUGGAGGGGCUGAAGCAGCGCUGCUCCACAAAGCUACGCCAAGUCUCCCAAAUGGCCGCAAAAACCCAGCAAGCACUCCAGCUGCAGGUCAGCCAGCUCCAGGUGGAGAAGGAGAGGCUUCAGAAUGAUGUCUCAAAGCUAACCCAGGAGAAGGAUCUUAUUGAACUCAGACUCAGGACUUAUGCGACAGAGAGCACGCAGCUCGCUCCGACACUGGAGGAAACUCAAUGGGAGGUGUGCCAGAAGACUGGGGAGAUCUCAUUGUUGAAGCAGCAACUGAGAGACUGCCAGGCAGACGUCCGCCGCAAGCUAAACGAGAUAGUUUGCUUCAGAGCAUCACUGAAGGAGAACACAGCAAAGAUGGAGAUACUCGAGAGACAGAAUAAAGACCAUGAUGACAAACUGCGCUCUCGCACCAUAGAGGUUGAGGUGUGCCAAAAUGAACUUCAGCGCAAGAAGAAUGAGGCGGAUUUGCUGAGAGAGAAAGUGGGCAAACUGGAGGAAGACAUUCAGGGAAUGAAACAGGAUCUUGCCAUGGCCAAAGAGCGGAGGCUGAGGCAAAGUUUGCAACUCGAGGCCCAUGCCCAGACCCAGGCCUUGGAAAGACUAAUCCAAGGCUCUGACAACCCCGCCCAGGGCCAUGAGGAGGACAGCAGCGGACACAUUGCCACAGAAUCACUCCAGAGAGAAGUGGAGAGACUGAAGCAGCAGCUCAGGGAGGAGAAGGACACACAGGAGAGGCUGGCUAACAGCUUUGAGCAGGAGAGACUAACAUGGAACAAGGAGAAAGACAGGGUCAUCAAGUACCAGAAGCAGCUCCAGAUCAACUACCUGCAGAUGCACAAGAAGAACCAGGACCUGGAGAGGAUCCUGAAGGAACUGACCGCUGAACUGGAGAGCCGGACAGAGCUCGGCAUGGAUAUCAACUACAGCUCAGGGUUACAAACGUACGACGACGUUAUUGCAACAGAGAUUUAAUGGAAGCACUCACAAACGUUCAGUAAAAGUGAACCGGGCACUUGACUAUUUUUUCACCACAGAUAUUUAUGGUAUUAUAAAUGCAGGAGAUUUUUCACUGCUAAUUAGUGUUUUACAAGGGUUAUUUAAUAGAAUGUGCACAAUCUUGUGUAUUUUGUUUCCAGGUCACAAAAAAAACUUUAAGAUAGCUUUUGUGAGGACACUGUUAGUACUUGUUUAAAAGUAAACACUAAGUUAUUUAAUGUUCAAAUGAGAUUGUUUUUUUACCAUGUUGUCUAACAGGAUCACUAGUUCAAAUCAUGCACACGUUUGUAGUUAAAACACCAUUUAUUAGUUGCUCAGUGAAAGCUGAUUCAUUUGAUUAAUCAUGAUUAAUUACUGGUGGUAACACAUGAGAAGCAUGAUAGUGGCUUAACAUCUGUCCCUUCCAGCAUGGCAAAUGGCAGUGAUUUAUCAUCUGUGUGUCUGGGGUCCUGAACCUUGAUAGACUUUGCCUUGUAUAUCCAUGUUACUGUUUGCUCCCACACUGUCCAUUGUUAGAGGGCUUGUGCAUGAAAAACUGUUCAAAACCAUUUCAUGAGUCAUUUCAAAGCAAUUCACAAGUCUUGUGAAUAUUUGUUAUUUCCACCAAUAUAAAAGUGUUUCGCACUUCAAAAUACAUGUUAAAAUAAUGUAUUUUCAUUCAAUUCAAAUCAACAGUGAAAAGUGAACUCAAUAUGCACUGUACUGCAGUAGAUAUAUUUUAUUAUAUCAUCUGUAUGUUUUCGUCAUUCUCUGGAUGAACUCAAACUUUCUGUUACUGAGAACAUUUCAACGACACAGUAAAUUGAUUCUGUAAAGCAGUGCCAUUACAUGUGUCAAUUCAGGUGCCAUGAUAGAUCCUAAUACCACUCAUACGACAACCAUCACUCCGCUGAACAGAUAUAUCAUUGACGUAAUAUUUCAUUAUAAAUUCAGGCUUGCUGUGUCGAUGACGGACACUAUGAAUAGGUGGACGGUGUUACUGCAUUGUCUGAGUGUGCAUGAAACCAGCACUUUGUUAAAGCAAACCUUAUGCCUUGGACCUGUUCAUUCCUGAUACAGAAAUGCACAUAAUACAAUAUAUACACCAGAGAACACCUCUGACCAAGGGCAAAUGCAAAUUUUGGGAUUCACUUUCUGUUCUGCGUGGGUUUGGAGAGAGAGAAAGAGAUUAAACGAUGCUGCACAGAAUACAAUAAUACAAAUAUUUUAAGAGAAAAACAAAGGAAAAAAGGGUAAUCUCCCGGUACUGUCUAUCUCUCCCCCUACAUUGUUCAUCUAACUUUGUGAGAGUUAGCUGGCACUGUUCCACUUGGACAUUUGGCGCUGCUAUUUUGGAGCUAUUCCACUUCCCACAAGGGCAAAGUAGUUUGUGAAGCAAAAGUUGAACUACUCCACCCACUCAAUACUCAGGGGCUCACAUAGACUAUCAGGCAGAAAUAUAUGCACACACUGCGCUGGUCAAGAAUGUGUGGCAAUCUCUAUAAUGAGGCUGCUUGAGAUUGCUCAGCUACCCACCAUUACAUUACAUUACCACAUCAGGUCGGGAGAGAUUUGGAGGCAGACAGACCAAAUGGAACCGUGAGGUGAGGUGCUGUAACCGAGGGCACUCAAACUCAAAAGUGUUUUACAGCCCUUACUCUGGUCCUUAGCACAGCGAAGUGGUCAAAUAGGGAAACAGCAAAAGGACGGUUGAUAGUGCAGCUAUGGCUCUGGUGAAACAUUCUUGGAAUUCAAUUGAUGAAAUGAAACUCUUGUACAUCUUUGGGUAAAAAAGCCUCAGUGAAACAGAGGGGGAUAUCAUAGGAAAUCAGUACCAACAAACAUGCUAGGGUGCAAACACAGGUGAUUUAAAAAUCAGCAAAUGUCUGCCAUCAGUGCUCGUACUUACACUUUUGCUAUUUUACUUUGCUGUAUUCUAAAACUCUGUUUAUCUAAACAAGAAUUUAACAUCGAUCUCAGGAACAAUAUUGUUCACUGAGGCUCUUUUUUCCAGAGAAACACGACGGUCCGAUCCAUCUGUGUUCAAACAUCAACAGGCAUAUUAAUCUGCUUUAUGUUGGCUUUUAAUCAUUGCUAAAACUGCCUGCACUUGAAAGGUUCAUGGGUGAAUACUUUUGAUUGAGUACACCACAUCACAAUAGACAUUACUGCGGCUAUAAAUAUUUAGAGGUAUUAGAUUCUGAAAAAUUAGGUUUGUCAAACUACCCUUUUAUUGCACAACUUCACAAGCAAAUGCUGGAUUUAUAAAUAAAUAUGAAUGCUAUUGAUAUAUAUUCAAAGCAGUCGUCAACUGCGCUCUUUGUCAAUCCCUCAUUGUCAUUCUCCAUUCCCUUUGGACUUAAAUAAUGAGAAGAUUGUUUUCCUACCCUGCCAAAUCAUCUAAUUUCUGCCUUUAUAGUGUUUCCGUCCUCAUCCAGCAGCUCUUUCCAGCUCAUCUUCUGUCAUUACAAAGCAGAUUGGACCAAAUCAAAACUGAAAUCAAAUUAAAGCCCAUUGUGAGUACGCAUGGUUCCGUCGCUGACAUGAAUGGAGGACCAAAAGAUAACAAGAAAUUCAAAGUUGCUGGUUUGACAUGAAAGAAAACAACAGAGGCGACUGGAUGAUGGGAUUCCUUACUCAAAGUGACUGUACAAGAAACAUCACAGGUUACAUGAUUGUAUACAAUAAACACAGAUCCUUGCUGCAA